AUACUAAUUCUUAAAUUCUCUACUUAGUAUGGUUUUAUAUGUACUAUUUGAACAUGCUGCUGGGUAUGCUGUUUUUAAAGUAAUUUCUUCAGAAGAUGUAGGUGCAUUGUUACCAGAAGUUCAAGAAGCUGUUCUUGAUUUAGAAAGGUUUGGUAGAAUUGUAAAGUUAGUUGCAUUUUCACCCUUUAAAACUGCUGCUAACGCACUUGAAAACAUCAAUAGCAUAUCAGAAGGUGUUGUUCAUGAAGAUCUAAAAACCUUUUUGGAGAAUAAUUUACCUACUGGUAAAAAAAAAAGUAAAGUUGCAUUAGGUAUAUCUGAUGCCAAACUUGGGGCUGCUAUCCAGGAAAGCUGCAAUAUUUUUUGUGAGUAUGGACCUGCUGUUAGUGAAAUUUUGCGUGGUGUUAGAUAUCAUUUUCAUAAAUUCAUCCAAGGAUUAACUGCUGAGACAUCAGGAAAGGCUCAACUUGGUCUUGGUCAUAGUUAUUCUAGAGCUAAAGUCAAGUUUAAUGUUCAUCGAGCAGAUAAUAUGAUUAUUCAGACCAUUGCUUUAGUCGAUCAACUAGAUAAAGAUAUAAACACGUUUGCUAUGCGUAUUAGAGAGUGGUAUUCUUAUCAUUUUCCAGAGUUAGUUAAACUAGUAAAUGACAAUUUAAUGUAUGCUAAAGUUGCACAUUUUAUCAAAUCAAGAAAAGAUUUUACAGAAGAUAAAUUAGAGCCUUUAGAACAGAUCGUUAUGGAUGAGGGUAAAGCAAAAGCUAUUUAUGAUGCUUCUCGUAGUUCAAUGGGAAUGGAUAUAUCACCAAUUGAUUUAAUAAACAUAGAAAGUUUUGCUACUCGUGUCAUUGGAUUAGUAGAAUACAGGCAUAAAUUACAUGAUUAUCUUCAGUCUAAAAUGGGUCAAGUGGCACCUAAUCUUCAAGCUUUAAUUGGAGACCUAGUUGGAGCACGUUUAAUUGCACAUGCUGGAAGUUUAACAAAUUUAGCAAAAUAUCCUGCCUCAACUGUUCAAAUACUUGGAGCUGAAAAGGCUUUAUUUCGGGCUCUAAAGACUAAAGGCAACACACCAAAGUAUGGUCUCAUAUUUCAUUCAUCUUUUAUUGGUCGUGCAGCUGCAAAAAAUAAAGGUCGUAUAUCACGAUACCUGGCCAACAAAUGCUCUAUAGCUUCAAGGAUUGAUUGCUUUUCAGAUUUUCCAACGGAUUUAUUUGGAAAAAAGUUGCAUGAUCAAGUGGAUGAUAGAUUAAAGUUUUAUGAGACUGGUGAGGCGCCAAUUAAAAAUGCUGAUGCUAUGGCUGAAGUGCUUGCUGAAGUUGCUAAAGCACAAAAAACUGCUGAGAAGGCAUCCAAAAAAAAAAAGAAGAAAAAUAAGGAUAAAGAUAAAGAUAAUGUUGAAAAAGAAAAUGUAGAACCAAAAAAAAAGAAUUUAAAACGCAAGUUGGAAAACGAUGAUGACGUGAUUGAAGAGAGUUCUCACCACAAGAAAAAAAAGGUGAAAGUUGAAGAUGAAGAAAUCGCGUUGCCAGAUGAUGAAACAGUUUCUAAGAAAAAAAAGAAGAAGAAGAAGGCUAAGCAAUCAGAAGAAUAGCGAUAAAUUUUUCGUUAUUUUAGUUUAAAAUUUUUGUAAAAAAGAAAUCGGUUUCAUCUAUCUUCUGGGUUGUAUUUGAAACCUUUAUUGA